GGAUUCAGGUAAAAAAAUAUAUACAAAAUAUACAAACAAGUUUUAAAAAAUUUUAUUUGCAAUAAAACAGAAAAUAAGACAAUCAGAUAACGAGAGCGUACAAAGCGAAGAAGAAAACUUUGAAAUAUGGGGGGAAAUGGUGGAACAGGUAACAAAUAUAUACAAAAUAGAAUUCAAAUUUCAAAUCUUGUUUGUUACAACACAACAAGGGUACAAAGCUACACAGAUAAGGUAACUUUACAAAACGAAGAAGAAGACGAGGAAGGAAGGAGAAAAGAAAUGGGAAAACAGGUAACAAAUAUAUAAAAAUAAACAUUCAAUUUUGAACAUUGUUAUUUAUAACAGGAAAGGGAAGGAAGGAAAUUAUAUAAUGAAACAGCACAAAACGAAGUUUACGACGAGGAUGGAAGGAGCAAAGGCAUGGAAAAACAGAAAAAAGAAGGAAGGGUUUUCAGAUAAUGAAACAGUACAAAAGAAGACGAAGAAGAAGACGAGGAAGGAUGGGACAAAGAAAUGAAAAAACGGAAAGAGGAAAGAAGGCAUCCGUCGAUUGAGGCUGCCGAGGCCAGCAAGAUGGCUGCUGCUGAGGCUGAAUCGUAUCAAAUCACGGUCAAAGCCAAUCGAUCAUUCGCGAACAGAAACGGGGAGGUUACGCGUUCAAAAUUGGCAAUUGAAAAUAGAGAUCCUAAAUUGGCACAAAUGUCUCAUGUAAAAAUAAACCGUCUGCCGUCAUCUAUCGCUCACCAAGAAAAAAGAACAGAAACAGGAAGAGGAGCAGGAAGAGGAACAAGAAGAGGAACAGGAAGAGGAUCUGGAACAGGUUCAGGAAUAGGUUCAGGAACAGGAACACGUACAGGAAGAGGAACAGGAAAAAAAAAGGAAACGGGAACGGGACAAGUAGGAAAACCAUGAAAAGAAGAAAAACGUUUGUUAAAGCAGUAAAAUUAACAUUGCGCGUGCUCUUUGUGUGUGUUUAAACAAUAACUGGCAUUAACCUAGUCCUUAUUUUGAUAUUAAUCCGGCCAGGCAAAAGGAAUCCAACGAAUUCAGAAGCAGAAGAUUUUUUAAACUUUUGAUUUUAAAAAAUAAAAUAAUACGUCUUCUUCGGCAGUAUUCUGGGCUGACCGACGGACGAA